AUGUCAGGCCGACUACAUAAUGUGAGCAUUAAAGAGUCCACAGCUGAAUCUGAGAAAAAUUAUGAUCGCAUAAAAGAGCUGAAGGCCUUUGAGGAUACAAAAGCUGGUAUUGAAGGACUAGUUGAUUCUGGGAUAGUCAGUAUCCCCAAAAUAGUCACGCGGCCACCUGAUGAGCUUGCUGAGGAAUUGAAUUUUGUCCGGACUAGUUUACAGGUUCCGUUCAUAGAUUUAACUGGGAUUGAAUUAGAUAAUCGGCGUAAGAAGAUCGUUGAUGAAGUAAGACAAGCAUCAAAAGAAUGGGGCUUUUUCCAAUUGCUGAAUCAUGGAAUCCCCCUUAGUGUUUUAGAUGGCAUACUCAAUGGAAUUCCUAAGUUUCAUGAACAAGAUGCUGAGGUAAAGAAAGAGUAUUAUUCUCGUGAUCAGACAAUGAAGGUGAUUUAUGUUUGCAAUGUGGAUCUUUAUCGAUCACGUGCGGCUAAUUGGAGGGACACUGGCCAUUUCUAUUUUGUUCUCGUAUCAUGUUGA